UCGAUAUCAGUAGCCGGCAUUUAUACAAGGGUGUCCUGACAAAGCGAUUGUUUUAAUCAGUUUUUAAAAUAUAGACAUCAAACAUCUGAAUUUGUGUUAAUAUACAAAGAUAUUGGUGUUUAUAAACAAAGAUGUAAAUAAAAGGAUGAAUAUACUAACAAUAGCAUGCUUCGUUGUCGUGGCUCUUGGCGGCAUGGCAAUCAGGUCAUUGAGUGCGACACAAGUAAAUGUUGACCCCUGUCUGGCUAGCAUGCAAAGUAAUAUAUCUCAUAUUAAUGAGCGGUACGCCAAUUUGGAAACCAACUGUCUUUAUACUGAUCGCAGAAUUAAAACCGCUUGGUUUUAUGCCGGUGUGGAUCCUAUUGUGACGUUUCCACCAAGCCUCUGUAGAUGUGGAUACAAGUUUCCUAUAUGGAUGAAUGGAACACUUCCAAGCCCUGGUGAUGGGGUAGUCAACCGAACAGCUUGUAUCAAAUUUACGAAGCCUUGCUAUAGAAAAUUGGACAUCAAGAUCAGAAACUGCGGAAAAUCUUAUAUUUAUCAUCUUACGCCGCCAGGACUGGAUGAUUCUGGAUAUUGUUUUGGUAUCGAAAAACCAGAACCCCAAAAAGCGCCAGAUGAACACAAACUACCUAACGCAAUCGUCACAAUUCAACAAAACGAAACAACAGACAACAGUGUUACCUGUACAGUCAAUAUUACUGCUACCGAUGAUAAUUAUAAUGCUACUAUUGAGUUAGUUAACUUUGACGGAUUAGUCUAUCAGAUCAUGCUUUUAGACAGGAAUUUUAUUGUUUAUACGUGGAAUAAUCUUUCGGCAGCGACAAAUUAUACCAUUUAUGUAUAUGUCUUUAACAAUGGAGGGAAGAAAGAAAUCGCUUCGGCGUGGGCAGUAACAAAAACACCACAUCGCCCAGCAAGAGCUCAUAUUGAUAUGUUACAAAAUACAAUAACUAACAGUAGUUUUUCUACUGUUAUAAGUUUUGAUUAUGGGAGCGAAAAUGAAGCCUGAGAAGGAAAACUCAUACAACAGGACGGUGGUGUCAUUCUUACAUUCCGGGUGGAAAACGGUUUGUUCAAUCAAACAUUCCAAAAUCUAAAUAUCGGAUCAAAGUACACGAUUGAAGUGUACAUAAACAGACACGAGGAACGCAUACAGCUUGCGCACGAAUCCAUUUUUACAAAGCCUGAAAUUGAAGUCUUCCUUAAAUCCAAGUCUGAUGAAGAAAUAGUUCGAAAUUAUACAGUUUUUAAAUGCAACUUUGAUCAUUCACCGGACACUACAUAUAGCGUUACAUGGUUUGUUCAAAGUAAAGAAGGAAAUCAUACUAUAGAGAAAACAGUUGGAGUUGGUGAAGAAAUAGAACGACUUUAUGCAACAGAAAAAGACCUUGUGAACCACCAUAUUGCAUUGCCAUUUAAUAUUACAUGUAAAGUAUUUGAAAUACCAAAUGUUAUUAAAGAAGAACUUUCACCUGCGUCAACGAGUUUGUUUGCUGGAAUCAAGGUA